UCUUUUAAAUUUUUGAAAUAAAUCUUUUGUCAAAAGAAACAAAUUUUUGUGCAAAAUUUUGCUUUAAUUACCAAUUAAACAAAUUAAAAAAUUAUGACCGGCAUUUGGGAUAAAAUUUGUGAUGUAUUUAGUAAUUUAGUUAAACCUACCCGUCGCAAGACACGCGUAACUUUCAGUCCCAGUACACUGCAACGUGAACUAGAGCGUCAUACGAAAUUAGCAGCAACUCCAAAUCCAUUUUUUAAUUUUUUAGCAGAAUUACGUUUAAAAUGUAAAGAGAAUGACGACUAUAAUAAUCGUUCCUUAAAUCAACGAGAAGUGGUUAAAAUAAGUAAAAGAGCUGGUUUGCUUUGGAAAUCUAUGAGUGAAGAGGAAAAACAACCCUAUCGUAAAAUGGCUAUGGAGCAGAGAAAGUUAAAACGUCUAAGACAUAGGCGACGCUCGCCAUGGACGAGCAGUAGUAGAAGACGUCGUAAAAAGAGUAAAAGUUUAACGAACAUACCAUUGAGGAGGCCAGAAAUUAUCGGCGAUAGUAUUUUGAAUAAUAAUAAUCAUCGUCAGUUUUUGGGGACGCAAGUUUCGCAUUAAAAGAAAAUGUAUUUAUAGUUGGUGUAAAAUAAAGAUUGUGAAAUAAAUAAUUCUUCGCUGAAAAAGGA